CCCCAUUCAAAGUGAACUGCGUCAAUUUGUUAAUUUUUGUAGUCUUUGGCUAAACCUCACAAAUGUGUCAUAAAACACAUUUAUUCAGUUUGGAUGUGAAAUAUUGACUGCUUAUCUAUACCAAUCGUGUAUUGUGCAGUAAUUAAUCUGCAUGAAACCAACUUAACAUAAAAACGCAGUUGACUUGACAGUUGGCAGUGUGUUUUAUGCAAUCAUCACAUCUUUGCGCUUCCGCAAUCUAUUUGAGCGAUCUGACGAGCUGCCCGUGACAGGUGUAGCGCAGUAACCCGGAAAUAAGAAAAGGAAAACAACAGUGUUGUAUUACCAGAAUACUUUUAUCAACAAAUAGGCAACUUUACACUGAAGUCAUGGAUAAGAGCGUUCAACAGGAUUUUGAGAACCAGUUCAAUGAUGUGGUCUCAAGGAUACAGUCAAAGAACUUCUUUCAGUCGGACUGGGACAUUGCCUCCUUUGCAGUUUUCUUCAUCUUUAUAGGCAUGGUCCUCUUGCUUGUUAUCUUGGUUCUUAUCCGCUGCUGUUGCUGCUGCUGUUGUGAUGAAAAGCCAAGAAGACAGAAGGUGGGCAUCGACAACAUGGGCAUGGAGCCGUGAUCUUCAAUGCAAAUCACACACAAUAAUACACUAGUUGAAUUAGUAAGUUACUAAUCAUACUUGCACAAGUAACUGGAAAUUGUAGAUACUUUCUUUUAAGGAUGAUAAACGUUAAACAGGUAUUUCCUUAUUAUGUCAAACAUCCAUUUAAUAUUUAGCCAGGGGUUGUUAAAUCAUACUCUACAGAAGUUGCAUACUGAAUGUUGCAUGCCAAGACAAAAACAUCUCUAUUGACAUUUCAUUUUGAAAGAAUUUGUUAAUCUGUAACCUAGUUAUCCCAGAUUCUACUAAGCCAACACUUUAUACUUUACUCAGCCAUAUAAGAUGUGUUGGAUUUCUAUUAUUCUGACUGAUAAAACUGAAAUGUACAGUGCACUUUGAGAUUUUUCAUAUUUUUAUAUUUAAAAAUUUGAAAUAGCUCACUUUAUUGAUGUAUAAGAAAAGCAGAAACUGUUGUAACCAAUGUUUUAUUUAUGGAAAGAUUUCUAGAGUGUACUACAUUAUUUGUAUAAAUUAAGACUUUGUAAGCCAAUGGUUCUCAAACUCUUUGGUGUGCGCCCCCCUCAUGUAUGGUGCCUUCCUUUGGGACCUCCCAAAGAAAAUUCAUGACAUAAAACAAAU